UUUCAGUUUUCAGCAACAACAGGCGCAGGGCAGAGUGUCGCAACCUGGGCGUUGCUUGCGAUUUCUUCAGUUUGCGAGCUCAUUUUCCACGGUUGCGACUCCCAUCUUUGACCACUACCUGCCCAAAGGUAGACAAGCUCAACAAUCAUAGGGCGGCAGCGGCGCUGACGGCCAGCCAGCAUCAUAUAGAUGGCCAAUCCGAAAGAAUUAGCGUGUCGGAGGCCCUGCUGCUCUUCUGCUGCGUGGUGCCGUGGAGUGAUGUUGACGUGUCCGACCAAAAACAGAACAUCUCGCCACAUUUUUUCCAACGGCAUUUUGGUGAGGAGGCACACGUCCCUCACACAGCUUAUUGAGCAGCAGCCAAGCACCCAAUACCCACGAAGCAGCACGGCGCCGGGAGAUGGUAUCAUAUAGACAGCCGAACCGAAGGAAUCAGCGCGUUGGAGGUCUUGGUGCUGCUGCUGUACUCGUUCUACUGUUUCCGAGUUUGCUAUGUGUGAUUGAAAAAAAUUCCCCGGCACCAACAG